AUGUCCACCAACGUCGACGGCAAGCUGCCGCCGCCGUCGUUCAACCUGGACCAGCUGACGAGCAUGUUCGCCGUCAACAACCUGUCGCAAGCCGACAUGAUUGCUUUAUCUGCGGCGCACACGGUGGGGUUCGGGCACUGCAGCACGUUCGCGGACCGGAUCCAGACGCAGUCGGUGGACCCGACGAUGAACGCGACGUACGCGGCGGACCUGCAGGCGGCGUGCCCGGCCGGGGUGGACCCCAACAUCGCACUGCAGCUGGACCCCGUCACGCCGCAGGCCUUCGACAACCAGUACUUCGUCAACCUGGUGAACGGCCGCGGGCUCUUCACCUCCGAUCAGGUGCUCUACUCCGACGCCCGGUCGCAGCCCACCGUGGUGGCGUGGGCGCAGAACGCCACCGACUUCGAGCAGGCGUUCGUCGACGCCAUCACCAGGCUCGGCCGCGUCGGCGUCAAGACCGACCCGUCGCAGGGGAACAUCCGCCGCGACUGCGCCUUCCUGAACUGA